CACGCUCUUCCUUAAUUCAGUCCAAUGAGAGCCGCUCUUCGAUUCGUCACACCCGCCGACAAAUCUCCUUUCAUUCUCUGUUUUCCUCUCUCCUUCUCCGUCGCACCUGCCUCGCGGAAGAUCGCCGGCAAUUUUCGAAAAAGUGACGACGGACGUUCUCCAGCGCGUUCUCCCCCUCCCCUCGACGUCGAUCCCCCGCGGCCCGAGCGAGCGAUCGCGAUCGCGAUCGGGGAUCGCGAUACGCACGACGCAAGUGCGUCGCGAUGCGUCGCAACGCGGUAACGUCGUAACCCGCGGCGGGUGCAUCCGUACGGAAUUCGCGGUGCCAUCCUGCGCGCCGGAUGGGACACGCCGAGCGCGCCGCCGCCAAGCAGGAAGAGGAUCCUCGCGGAAGACGGACGCUGGCCACUUGGCGGGUUUGUUUUGACGACGGUUCACCGUGCGCGCGAGAGGCUGCGUCGCAAACGCGCUCCGAUAUUAGUGCGCGAUUUCCCUGACGACGUCGAUCGGCACACGUUGGAGGACGCGCGCGAUCGAUCGAUCGAUCGAUCGGCGAUCCUACCUGUCGGCGAGCCGCGCAUUCCCGUCGAGCUCUCAAGGGACCACCACGUCUCGUCCCGUUUUCUGCGCGUCUAGUGCCGGUGCAUCUUGUUCUGUGCUCCGACGAUCUCUCUCGUCGACGUUCAGCUCGCGCGCAGGAGCGAGAGGCGAGCGGAUCCACCGUUCGUCGCGCGCGGUUUGACGACCCGCUGAAACCGCGGAGGCGCGCUCCUCCUAGAGGAUGCGAGCAAGGAUUUCGCCUCUUGCUGAGGAAACAUGUCCCGCGGCGGUCGUCGCAACGCGCGAACCGGUUGCGCGCUCUUAAAAUAGUUUCUCACGCGCGUAGGUAACUGGCGCGCACCGCGCCGUCCCGCUGCUGGAACACGACGCCGCCGGAGCAGUGCCAGGAUGACGAGUUGGAGCGCAUUGUUCAUCGCGGCCGCCGUCGGGAUUCUGUUGCUGAUGACCACGACCGAGCGCUCGGAAGCGUGCAACGAGGCGAUUUGCGCCAGCGUCGUGAGCAAGUGCAUGCUCACGCAGAGCUGCAAGUGCGACCUGGUCACCUGCACCUGUUGCAAGGACUGCUUCUCGUGUCUGAGCUACCUGUACGAUGAGUGCUGCUCGUGCGUAGAUCUAUGCCCGAAGCCGAAUACCACCGACAACCCGUUGAGCAAGAAAUCUCACGUGGAGGAGUUCAGCGAGCCGGUACCGGCGCUCUUCCAGGCACUCACGGCCGAGGCGGACCCACACGAGAGAUGGCUCACCUUCACGUAUCCGGUAGACUUUGACUUGACGACGUUCGCGCCGAAACAUGGCAACGAAAUGAAAUAUCGUCUGCAAUCCGCGAACGAGGAGCUGCAUCCGCUAAAGCCGAACGUGAUGACGUUGAACUGCACGGUCGCGUUCAUGGCGCAGUGCAACUCCUGGAACAAAUGUCGUGCGUCCUGCCAGAGCAUGGGCGCCUCGAGCUAUAGGUGGUUCCACGACGGUUGCUGCGAGUGCAUAGGCGAUACGUGCCUCAAUUACGGAAUCAACGAAUCGAGAUGCACGCUGUGCUCGGAGGGAAACAAGGAGGACGACCUGAAGGACCCGCAGUACGACGAUUACGGUCAGGACGAGGACGAGCUGGGCGAAGACGCAAUGGAUUAGCCGUCGCGUCCGUCGCUUCUUCUAUUCCAAAUAUAAUGCAACGGGGGGGGGGGGGGGAGAGAUGUUUGCGUGAAAGACAUUCCGACAGUAACGAUCGCGACAAUAAAGAAUUCGUCAUUUUAUCAUCGCGUAAAAGUGAGAAUUCUAAUCUUGAUUGACACACUUAGAGUUUAAUCCUUCGGAAAACCGUCCAGCGUUUGACUUCAUGAUGAUAAAUCAGUGAAUCUGCGUUUUGGAAUUACUCCGAGAUGUCUGCCUCAUAAUUCGAUUCUUUGCGAAUUCGUUUGAAGGCGACUUUGAGUAGUCUCGAACACCGAUCGCGAUUGUGAAAAAGCAAGUGUUAACCUAAUUUCAGUGUCUAGUUAAUGAACUUAAUAAUUUAAGACGUCGACUACCGACAAUACUGAAAUAUAAUUACGUUUUGUCGAGCGCGACCAGGCACGACCUUGUUGGUAAGACCUGACUUUUGUAUAUGACUGUAACGACAUAAUAUUGUAAAUGUAGCCUCUUGUUUCUUUCUUCUUUUUUUUUACUAAGAAUACACUCGGGCAACGCUAGGUUAUUCGUACAACAUCGAAAAUCUUUAUUAUCGCAUCCGUGCCAUAAGUAAAAUUGUACAUACAACGAGUCUCUCUCGAUCAGAAUAUCGAGAUUGCUUUACACAUGUGAGUUUUCUCUCGAAAUUUUCCUGGGAGAGAAUAUUGUAGAUUACAGUACCGCUGAUAAAUUUCCGGACAUUCUGUAUGAUGAUACUUGCAGGAACGGUUUUUAAGUAUCCACUUACCGUUUGACGGAGUGUAAUCUCAUAUCAUACAAAUAUUUUAUAUAAAGACUCUAGUAUUUAUAAAAGAGGCACAUAAAGGAAUGACAAGUUAAUGUUCAAAAAAAUGUUAAAAACAUUUAAAGUAUAAACCGUAGAGGUAGGUUAACGAUUAUUUUAUUUGAUUUGAUUUCUUUUUAUGUAACACGCAGAUAUAUUGCACGUUUAUGUAAUAUAGGACACGUGUGAAGUGUUCGAAAAUUUACGAGCGGUAGCAUUGCGUAUCUCUAGGGCAGUCGACGUGCACGCAGCGAUUAGGGUAAGACGCGCCCGUUUCUUCGAGUGGAAUGUGAUAUGCUUCGGAAUCGAUCGGGUGAUAUUUAACGAGAUGCGUGCGAAGACACUCUCGAAGCUUGCGUUGUCCGGCGCGACAGAACGCGGAUUAACAAUCGCACGCGCGUGCACUUUGGUAUCGAGAGAACAAAGAGUAAUUUCCGCGAAUGAGCGAAACGUUACUCCACAAUUGGAUCAUUGCGUACAUUUUUGUAUAUACGAGUUUUAACAACAUACAGAACGUCCAUUUCUUUUAACGCAGACGGAGCUACACUUCGUAACACUCAUUGGACUAAUAAAAACAUUUUUGAAUAUGCUUUUUUAAUAUUAAAACUAUCAAAGCAGACGAAAUGACUGGUAAUUUUUUUCACUCAAAUUUGUGGUGAGUCUUCUAACAUUUCCCCUGGCUUUUGUUUCAAUAUGUAAAUAAUUCGAAUGACCAAUCUUCCAUAAAUGACCAUACUUUCUUCCUUCGUUCCUCUUUUCCAAAAUUAUAUGUAUAAUAUAUGCUUAAAUAGUAGAAAUUAAUCAUCGAUAGUGGCGCUUUUCUGCGAACUCCAUCGCGCGUGAUUUACCACGUUAAACAUUACGAAGUGGACAGCCUGUAUAACGUUCUUUAUAUAUUUUUCUAUCGUUAGUUGCACACUCAAUAUGCACGUACUAACUCGCGCCAUCACAAAUAUCAAACAUGUAUACACCACAAAUAAAAUUGAUCGCACCUGUAAGUGAA